GUUGGUUAUUCCAAAGUACUCGUUCAUAGACAAACAAUCAAUCCAUAUCGAACUGAAGGUGGAACUGGUGGUAAAGCAUAUAUAACCGUGAUGCUUUGUGGUUCAGCAACCGGUUUUCUUUUGCCACCUUUUAUCAUCUAUAAAUCAAAACGAUUAUUUCAAGAAUGGUGCACUGGAGGACCAACUGAUGCAGGUUAUAGCAAUUCAGAUAAUGGAUGGAUUGAUCAGCAACUCUUCUAUGAAUGGUUUGACCAAGUUUUUCUAAAACAUACCAAAGACUUACCACGUCCAUUGGUUUUAAUUGUCGAUGGUCAUGGAAGUCAUUUUAAAGUUGAAACACUUAAGUUAGCUGUAGAAAACCAAGUGAUCAUUCUAUGUCUUCCAAGUAAUGCCACUCACAUCUUACAGCCGUUGGAUCUUGUAUUUUUCAAUCCAUUGAAAAUUGAAUGGAGAAAAAUAUUGAAAGAUGAAUAUAAACGAACACAUGAUAAAACUAUCAACAAGGCUCGAUUUCCAACACUGUUAAAUCAGUUAUGGCAAACUGAUGCUAUUAAUCGGAAAACAAAUCUUAUUAAAUCGUUUAUGCGAGCUGGCGUAUUUCCAUUGAACAAACAAGCUAUAGAUGUGUCACGCAUCUUGAAAUCUAGUACGUCUAAUACUACAUCGUCUGCAACUACUGAUUUGCAUCAAAAUGAUAUAACAAAUACGACAUUGCCAUACAGCAGAACUCAACCAGUAGGAUUAUCUACAUUAUUAGUAUCUGGUCAUUCGAGUUCUACUCAUUUUUAUGCAUCUUCAUUUGCUACUUCUCAACGUGCAAUCUUAACUCUUAACCAAGUGCUUGAUGAUACAACAUUGAAUAAUAAUGAUUCUCGUGAUAAUAAUGAAGAUAAUAUGGUUCUUGACGAGGAUAUUGAUGGUUUUCAUGAUAAAAAUGACGAUGAUGAUGAUGAUGAUGACGAUGAUGAUAAUGACGACAACGAUCAUGAUGAUAGUGAUGAAAGUUACACUCCUGAGUCAUCAUCAAAAGCACUUGGAAAACGAAAAAGAUCACCAUCAGAAACAAUACGUAUUGAUACAAGUGAUGAUGAUGAUACUCAAGUGAGCACAUCAUACAGAAAAACAUCGAACUCCACCACAGCACAAACAUCCAGCAAAAAAUCCAAAGGAAACUCAAAAGAAUCUUCAUCGGAAUCCAUGGCAAAACGUAAACGAGUAGAAUUCAAAUUGAUUGGAUCCGAUAUUUCCGAUGAAGAAGAUAUAUUGCCUGAAAGAUCACAAGAUUCUCUAACGCCGAUCAAAGAUACACUUCAAACUUUAUUCGGUUCAUCUUCACAAGCACAAGAAACCGGUUCAACCAAACGUACAAUGCUCAAACGACACAAUGGAAAGAUUAUGACAGAAAAUGAUGUCAUUGAUCAACUUGAAGAACAACAACGAAAAAAAAAAGAAAAGAAACCACGUACUACCUAUAGGAAGACUAAUAGAAAAUAA